AUGGCUGUUGUUAUUCUUUAUACAGUUGACGACAAAGACACACUCUGUGGAUGGUACAAGUUUAAAUCAUCUUACAUUCUGUUUCCCACGUUGAAGAUGUCAUGGAAAGGAUCAAUGGCGUACUGUCAGUUGCUUGGCGCGCGGCUGAUUGAAACUGACACAAAACAGAAAGACAAAUUCGUCCGCAGUAUUGCAAAGACAAUACCUGGAAUAUUCCAUGUUUGGACAGCUGGAUCUGACGUCAAGAAAGAGGGCAAAUGGGUUUGGAUGAAUUCCGGUUUACCGAUACGUACCUAUGAGAACUGGCAGCCAGGACAGCCGGAUAAUAAUUCCGGAAAUGACCUCGAAGCACACUGUCUAGCGUUGGCACCUUGGUUUGGCUAUGCUUGGACUGAUCUUGCUUGUUCCUUUCGUGGUGCAGCUGUCUGCGAGAUAUCGGGAGUUUGA